AUGGAUGUACAAGAUGAUGAUGAAGAGUUCGGAGCGGCCAUCACCAUCGGCUCAGAAACAACAGAAGCUGAAAAAGAGUUUGUAAAAAUUCUGGAACAAUUACGAGAAUCCGAAGGUCUAAAGCUUUAUUCUGACGUAUACACCAAGCUCUAUGACUCAUACUAUAAGUUGAAGGAAGAAAAUGUUACUCAUCAAGAGAAAAUUACUUCUCUUAAGAACAAGGUGAGUCGAUAUGACGCAACGAUCACGGAGUAUUUAGCAGAAAUCGCCGAAUCUUCAAAAACCAUUGACAGGUUAAGGGGAGAAAUAGAUGAUGCCCGUGCACUCGCCGAUGCGAUGCAUGCAAGGGAACUGGCUAGUGUUGAAAGUCUGGAGACCAUGAAGAAAACCGUUACCAGACUGGAGAAGGAACUGGAUGCUAGGAAACGAGCUGGUGAUGAUGAUGCUGGUGCUACAUCAGCUGUUAAAGAGAAAGAGAAAUUCGAAAAAGAAAAGGCGCGGCUUCAGGGUGAGUUGGAUGGUGUGAAACAAAGGCUUACUAACGCGCUCAGUUAUAUUGAUGAGCUGGAGCAGAAGAACACUAACGCGGACGAGACUAUCGCUAAAUUGGAAGAACAAUUGGAAGAAGCUGACAACAACGCAGUACGACAGAAUCGCCUGGUCGAGCAUUUGAAAGGAGAAAGCAACACGUUGAAAACUGAAGUGGAGAACCGAGGAAAUACUAUCGCAAAUCUAAAUGACAAACUAACAAAAGCAGAGAAGACAUUAGAACGUCGUGAUCGUCAACUUCGUGACAUGGGGAGCAAGCUGGAGACAGCACAGCAGGAAAAAGAAGCUGCUGUGACAAGAGCGACUCAACUCAGAGAACAACUAGACUCGACUAAUGCCGAAUUUGAUAAGACUAAGCUAACUCUCACUAACACUACAAAAGAGUUAAAGAAUAUGAUAGAUGAUGGAAAUAGAUUACGCAACGAAGUUUCAAAAUUGUCCAAACAAGCGAUGCAGCAGAUGAAGAAGUAUCAACUGUUGGAGCAAGCGAAGGCUGGCGUUGAAAGUGAUAGAGAAAAUCUUCGGCAACAAGUGAGCGUCAUGGAACGCGAGAUAAUGUUGGGUAAGAAGCAGGCGGAAGCUGAUCGUCGUGAAGUGGAGAACCUCAACCGGGAGAAGGACAUCCUUAAUAAGAACAUGCAGAAAAUACAAAAUGAAGCACUGGAGAAUCUUCAAAUUAUCAACCGUCAAGAACAGAGACGUAAGCAGUUAGAGCAUGAGCUGGACACUAGCGCGGCGCAGAUAAACAAACAGCGUUUGAUAAUACGACAGCUGGAGAAGGAUAAAGACAGAAUGCUUGAAGAAACCAUAGCACUGAAUGAGAAAAUAGACGAAAUCUCAGAGGAGGUUCGUCUCCGAACUGCAGACAUACUUGAUCUCAAGAAGGCUCUACGCGAAGAAUCCCUAAAGGGCCGAAAGCUAUCAGUUGCGUUGGACGCUACACGAGCUGAGAGGAACAUGCUUCAUAAAAACUACACGGAGGCUCUUGAUGAGAUACAGGAUCUAAAGCAAAAGCUUAAGAUGCUAGCGUAUCAAAUCGAGCAGCUUAAAGAAGACAUUAGUGGAAAAGAGAGCGGGUUGAAGUCGUGCGAGGGAACCCUCGUGAAAUGUAACAAGAAGAACGAACAACUUCGCACAGAAGUUCAAGCUGGACUGACAAAGCUGUCUGAAGCGAAGGCAGAUAUCACAGCACUGAGACAGGAAGAGGCGAGACUUAAUAGGAUUAUUCAGGAGGGUGACGCAGCUAGAGCUAAGCUGACAAAAGAACUGGAAGGACUGAUAAAUGAGAGGGAUGUGGUUGGAGCGCAGCUGGUGCGACGUAACGAUGAAAUAUCUUUACUUUAUGAGAAAAUACGCAUCUUGGAAGUAACGCUACACAGAGGUGAACGUCAAUAUGAGCAAAGAGUUGAGGAUAUACGUCUACUGAGGAUAGAAAUUAUUCGUCUGCGAAAGGAGAAGAACUUACUGUCAAAAGGCAUAGAAAAUAUGACGGAUUUAAGAUUAGAGGUAUUCAAUCUGGAGAGGGAACUGGGGCGCGAGCGACUACGUGUGCGCGCGCUGGAGGAAGCGCUCGAGACCCCGCUCAACGUGCACCGCUGGAGGAAACUCCAGGGCACGGACCCCGAGAGCGUUCAUCUAACGCAGAAACUACGACUUACGCAGAAGAAAGUCCUGGCGCAAAGCGAAAUGCUAGUUCUAAAAGAUCGUGAGCUGAAAGAGACGAAGAAUUUGUACUCUGCUGUCAAAGACAUGCUUGCUUUACAACCCAGUCCUGAGAUACAGCAAACAUUGAACAGGACACAGCGUGCGCUUGCGCAGAGGACAACAAAGAUGAAGUGUCUUAUUGCCGAACUGAGCAUGCGUGAACGUCAAGUGACCGACUUACGCCUCGAACUCGAGCGGGUAAAUGGCGAACUGCACUCUUCUAAACAAAAGUAUUUUGAAAUAAAACGAGCCCUAGACGCCGACGAAGCAAGGCGACUUCGUGUUCCAACACCAGCAUCGCCGGAACAAAAAUAAUUAUUUUACAUAAAAUGGGAGUUUUAGUCUUUGGUAAAGAAGUGUCAAGUUUUUUGCGGGCUUUUUAAAACUUAUUACUACAUUACAUUCAAAGUUAUGUGCUCUUUCGGCACCAUAGAAAGUCAUUAGCCAAAAAUAAAAAGAGAUUCUUAUAUCUGAGAUGGAAAUAUAAAUUUAUAGAAUAGAUUUUUCUAAUGACAUUUAUGUAAUGUUUAAUAAAAUUUUGCUUUCUUUAUAUUCUUACAAAAUGACUGAAUAUUUUUAUAUUUUUAAGGCCGGGAUCUUGUUAGAAUAAAAAAUGUGCAAUAAACAAAGGUAAACUGCCAAAUCAUGAUAAAAUUUUACUAAUAUAUACGUCAAUAUGGGCUCAAUUUUAACUUGAAUUACUAGGAGAAAUCAUGUUUUUUACACUUUAUACGAAUUAUAGUUAUACACUGUUACUAUUAAUUAGGUUGUAAUAAAUAAAACACCAGAGUCAUUAAUCCGAAAA